AUGGAGUGGGAGCUCAACUUCCUGCUCUACCUGGCGCUCUUCUUCUUCCUGCUCUUCCUGCUCUUCCUCCUGCUCUUCCUGCUCAUCCAACAGCUCCUGAACUCGGCGGCCAGCACGGCCGGGGCGCUGCAGCCCGGGCGCCCCUCGCUGCGCGAGCCUUGGGGUGUCCCCCGCGAGCAGGAGAUGUGACCGGGCUGGGGCGCCGCUGGUCUCCCGGGCUCUGCGCUCGGCCGCCGGGUUCGGGGCCUGCGCCUG